ACCUGCUGCACACUUGCGACUUCUACACGCUCCUCAUAAUGAAGGCCCAGAUCGUCCUCGCUGCUCUCGCCGCUCUGUUGUUGCCCGUGUUCAUGGUGCAAAUUUACAGUGUACUGGAGCGCCCCGUUGCCGAGAGCUCGGCGUCCGACUUCACCCAGAAGGCAUGUACCGCGUCGGGCGGUUCGAUCGAACCUAACAGGAAGGGUAACGAUAAGUGCUGCGUCGUUUCCAACCAAGGCGCAUUUUUCAGUUCGUGCAGAGGACUCAAGGCUGGAAGCCAAUUCCCGAAUGGCCGCCCCAUUCCCGCGCAGUGCUGGGGUAAUUGAUGAUAAC